CCAAUGAGAUUUCGGCAACCUGACGCCUCCGUUCAGUUUCCUGCCGAGGUCGCCAGUCGAAAGAAAUUGUUCCAACUUUUCCUUCGUUUUGUGCGGUGCCGGCGAGCCCUCCUCCCCCGCUGCGAAGUUCAUGACGGUAGCCCACGGUGACACGUUACCGCCGCUCGUCAUGCCCGUCCCAGCCGAGCGCCGCCCGAGCUCCGCCGCGGCCUGCGCGUCCCCGGGCUCGCUUACUCCGCCCGCCCCGAUCAACGGGCAGCAGCCCGGCGUGGCCACGUCGCUGCUGUACAGCGGCUCCCAGUUUCGGGGCCACCAGAAGAGCAAAGGCAACGCCUACGACGUGCAUGUUGUUCUGCAGCAUGUGACUCCGGAGGACUCGUAUUUGUGCGGAUAUCUGAAGAUCAGCGGCCUGACUGAGGAGUAUCCGACGCUCACCACAUUUUUUGCGGGUGAAAUCAUAAGUCGAAAGAGGCCUUUUUUAACGAGGAAGUGGGACGCUGACGAGGACGUGGACAGGAAGCACUGGAGCAAAUUUCAGCCGUUUUAUAAAGUUGCCAAAAGCUUCAACUCGGACGACUUUGACUAUGAGGCGCUGGAAAACAGCGAUUACGUUUUCAUGAGAUGGAAGGAGCAGUUCCUUGUUCCCGAUCACACCAUCAAGGACAUCAGCGGGGCGUCGUUUGCAGGCUUUUACUACAUCUGCUUCCAGAAGUCCACGGCCACUAUUGAGGGUUACUACUACCACAGGAGCUCGGAAUGGUAUCAGUCACUCAACCUGAGCCAUGUCCGAGAGCACAGUAUGUCCAUUUAUGAAUUCCGCUGAACAAGAUGCCGCGCAGGUGUUUGUCAAGGAGGGGUCGGCUCAUGCGGCUCACGCGGCUCAUGCGGCUCUGCUCUUAAACGGGAUGCAAAAAAAGACACAAAUCAGGCCGAAGAGGGAGCCGCUCUCUGCGCAGAACGGCGCCCGGAGCCCACUCGGCAUCCCCACGCUCGCUCCUGUGGAAGACUCAAACGAAGACCAGAAGACCAUCGGGCACGAAGAACUGGUCUCGCAGUGACGGAAAGACGCCAUGUUCGCCUUUAAUUUGUCGUCAUGGCUUGAGUUGGUUUUAUAUUUUACAUGAUCGACUUUUACUCGCACAAACACAACUUUGCCUUGGAGUUGACGGUAGCGAGCCAUCAGAAGACGUUUUCAGUCAAAUCACAGUUUAUUUUUUCCUCCUUUCUUCGCCCCUCUCUGAUAGGCAAUAUACAAGAACACGAUUUGUGUGGAAAUAUCAAUCAACAACCAUCAUGUGCCAUUGAUGAUCAAUAACUUAGUCUGUCCAAAUUGUCUACAAUUGAUACAGCAAAUAGUUUUACAAUUGCUUCAACUGUUUUUGUUGUACCCUAUGCAAGCUUAAGUUCCUUUUGAAAUCAUUUUGUACAAAAGUGAACUGUGGAAAAACAUGUUCGAAGAUGCCUUUUAAAAAAAACUAAUAAUAAUAAUAAUUGAUAGCACCAUUUUGAAAUUCUAUAAUGCAAUGUCACUUUCCAGUUGCAUCAUUGUUUUUGAGCCGCGGAACUUAUUGGCACAUCGAUAAUGUGAGUGUAAAGCAAUUUUACUCCAGUUGGUGCAUCCGCAUGGCAAGCAAUUGCAAGCAGCAAACAAUGGCUGUCCGGCUGGGAAGAAGACGUAGAUCGAUCUCUUCAGUGCUCUGAAAGCUGCACUUAAACAAGAUUUGGCUCGGAUUGUAUUUGGAAAAAUGAAAGCAUCUGGGACGAGCUGAUGGUUUCAUACUUUUUAUAAAAGUGUAAUGAAUUUAAAAAAAUAUUUCCAACUUCCUGGUGUCUUGCAACACAAUGCAUUUUCUUUUCUUCAGAAUUUGAAAAUAUUGCUGCAAUUCUAACUGGUAGCAGAAUGCACAUUUCGUUGACAUAACACCACAUUGCAAAAUGGCGGAUUAACCUGUAGCAAGUUUGAGAAUAAACUAAAACACGAA